AUGGGUCGUACCCAGAAAUUGAAGUUUCCUCGACAUGCGUUGCAUCCAAAUAGUGCUAUUGAGGUUCACGGAUUCUGUGACAUUAGCAUCGACGCCUAUGGAGGAUGCAUCUAUCUGGUUUCAAUAGCUGAUGGCAAACGAGAAGUGCAUCUGUUUUGUUCAAAGUAUCGUGUGGCACCUUUCAAGACUCUCACAGUUCCCGAAUUGGAGCUCUGCGCUGCCUUGUUACUGGCCCAGCUGAUGCGGGACGUACGCAACAUGGAUCUCUUCGAUUGCCCGUUUUAUUUUUGGUCGGAUUACGCUGUAGCUUUAUCAUGGAUAAGCGAUGAACCUUCACGUUUCCAAGUAUUUAUUGCUAAUCGAAUUUCUUUAAUUCAAGAGCUAUCCAGUGGCAUCAAUUGGCAUCAAUCCAGCCGAUAUCUUGUCAAGAGCUGCUUUCCCGAGUGA